AUGCCCAGAGGCGUUCCGAACGCAAAACGCGAUGAGACAGGGUUUCGAUACACGACUUUCCAUGUGCCGCUGGCACCAAACCCAAAACAGAUGGGUUCUGCGUAUCUGAAAUCAGAAUCGCAGACCCUGUGGGCACGAAACACGGCCCAGGCACAGGCAAAUAACAAGAACAAGUCUCAGCCCGAGGAGCCCACAACAGGCCACCCAGGAGUCGAGUCUAGACGAGGCUCGCAAGUCUUGGUCAUCCAUCCGGGCUCCCGUUACCUGCGGAUUGGAAGGGCGUCCGAUGUCAACCCGCUGACGGUGCCUAACGUGAUUGCUCACAAGCACAAGCCGCCAGUACCCGAGCCCGUAUUCGUCGAGGGCAUUUCACGUCCUCGCAAGAGUAGGUCGGGGCGGCCAACUCGUAGGCGGUCUACGUCUGCUUCUCAAACCGACGAAUAUGCUGUCCAGGCGCUUUCGGACGAUCCUUUCGAGGAGAAGCUGGCGGCUAUAACUUUGUCUCUCCGAGCUCGUAUGAAAUUUUACAAGCUCAGAGUCACUCCGAACGCGACCAGCAUAGCGUCUACUUUCAAUGAGCAGUUCAAGCCAGAAGUCAUAUCAGACGAAAGUCCGGUCUACCGUAAGCUCUGGAUAACCGAGCCUCCCGAAGAGUCAUUCCUGGAUUACUCCGUUGUCCUGGUCAUUCCAGACUUUUACGACAGAGCGUACGUCCGAGACCUAGUUAACAUACUGUUGGUAUCCAUGGGAUUCAAGCAAAUAUGCGUUCAGCAGGAAUCAUUGGCUGCGACUUACGGUGCUGGAAUCUCAAAUGCAUGUGUCGUGGAUAUUGGAGCCGUUACGACAAGCGUCGCGUGUGUCGAUGAAGGAAUGGUCAUCCCCGACACAAGGAUAUCGCUCAACAUGGGCGGCAACGAUAUCACAGAGUUCCUGUAUGUUCUCCUCGACAGGAUAAAUUUCCCUUACCGGGAUGUCAACCUCGCGCGAUGGUACGACUGGGAGGCCGACGUCGCCCUGAAUUUGUACGACUUCACCGUCAGGCAGCCGAACAAGCACACGAUGAAGUAUGGCUUGCGUGCAUAUGAUGAAAUCAUUUUAGCCCCGAUGUGUGUAUUCGAACCAAGGGUCAUCGAAUUCGACCGGAAGCGCGUAGGCAUGCGGCCAUCGUCUCAUCCCGACGUGACAGAAGAGAUCGUGGAGUCUGCGACCGAUCAUGUCACCCAAGCCAUGCUUAUCUCGACGCAACAUCUGCUCCCGGUACCCGAAAUGGCGGCAGACCCACCGCCGCCAGAACUGCCCCAGGCGACAGCGGCUCUGGGCGGUGAUAAUGCCCCUAUCGAUGUCGAAGGACAGGCAGAACCGAAAGCAACUGAAGGCGAUGAGGCACAGGGGACGGCUCCUACAGACGUGCCGAUGGACGUAGUCGACACGGGCGACGAGUCGAAAGCGGCUCCGCCCGCGUCGGCUGCGGGAACGGCAGCGCCCUCGUCCCCGAUCCCGCGGCCAUCGUCGCCUGCAACAGCCCAGGCGUCCCUCCAACCGCAACUGCCGACUGCCCCGCUCUAUCCCGGGGGAUACGCCAUCGACGUCUGUUUUGAAGCGUCCAAGCUUCCGCUUGACGUCGCUAUUUUCAAUAGCGCCCGCGCGGCGGGGGGAGAUGACAAGAUUCGCAAGUAUUUGCAGGCUGUUUUGGUGGUGGGUGGCACUUCCAGAUUAUCUGGAAUGGCGCACGCGUUGGAGAGCCGGCUCCAGGCUAUUGCCACGCCGUUGGUCCCGAACAUGGAAAAGGUACAGAUCAUCCCGCCCCCAAAGGACGUCGAUCCGCAGGUCCUGCAGUGGAAAGGGGCGGCCGUGUUGGGCAAGAUGGAGGGCGUCUUGGAUUUAUGGCUGACCGCCAAAGACUGGGGCAUUUUGGGUAUGAGGGGCUUAAAAGAGCGGUGCUUCUAUCUGUAA